ACCUGACUGCUUCCAAUAGUUGUCUUUACUAUCACCUUAGCACUACGACUGCUACUGCAGACUAGUACCGACGGACGCUUGGACUAUCCCCAGGAUUGACAUUCGAGAAACCAAUCUAUGCCGUGCUGGGUAUGUGUGGUUUCUUGGGGGAUCCAUUCAUUAAUUCGUCAUAUUAUUAGGAGACUUACGAGUCUUCUCUCCGUAGACGCUUGCUCACUAAUGAUGAUUCACACACUCUGCCUCUUGUCUUCGUACGCAGUACCUCGGGUAUCCCUCCCGGCCACGUCGUCAACUGAUAUUAACUUUCCCGGUGCAUUGUUCCGGAUUCUCCGGACUCUGGGGAUACUUCGGAACAAUACAAUACAAUUGGUUCGCCUCAUCUUUUUUGUUCUUGUUCUGCAGUGCCUAUUGCUCCGUAAUCCGGAGUUCGCCCAUUCCUUUCUUAUGUCCGGUUCCGCACUUUAAUAUGCGGGAUGCACGUUGGAUCCCACGGAACGGGGUCUAGACUGUUUGUAUGACAGGUGCAUUUUCAGGGCGGGAUUGGGACAAUGGGAUUGCCACUUUUGUGUCAUUAUUUGGGCAAGUUGUUGCUUUCGAGGAAGUAAGGCCAGAAUUAAUGGGUU